ACCACUAUUUCGUUCUUCUUCUUUUGGCAGCCGAGCAGUUCGGACGUAAAGUGCUUUUUGACUCGGAGUUUAAUCUUAUUUUUCAAACACAGUUACAAUUUCCUAGUGUUCAAAAUAUUUAUUCAUUUAAAUACUAAAAAAAACUAUUUUAAUCAAAAUGGCCAAUGAGGAAAACAAGGAUUUCACCGACGAUAUUGCGGAUCAAGGUUUCCAGCAAAACGGCGAGGGCGGCGGCGGUGAUGCCACUGAAAAUGGUGGUAGUGUAGAAUCACAAGAAGACAGAAAGUUGUUCGUUGGUGCACUUAGUUGGGAAACAACAGACAAGGAACUCCGCGAAUACUUCAGUAAAUUUGGAGACAUUGAAAGUAUUAAUGUGAAGACUGACCCCAACACUGGCAGAUCCCGAGGUUUUGCCUUCAUCGUCUUCACGAAAGCAGAAUCACUCGACAAGAUUAUGUCAGCUGGCGAUCAUGUUAUCAAUAGCAAGAAAGUAGAUCCCAAAAAAGCAAAGGCACGACAUGGAAAAAUCUUUGUUGGCGGUCUCUCUACAGAACUCUCUGACGAUGACAUCAAAUCCUUCUUCGGUCAAUUUGGAAAUAUUGUCGAAGUUGAAAUGCCAUUCGACAAGACAAAGAACCAAAGGAAAGGGUUCUGCUUUAUCACAUUCGACUCUGAGCAAGUCAUCAAUCAAUUGUUGAAGACACCUAAGCAAAACAUCAACGGCAAGGAAGUUGAUGUGAAGAAAGCGACACCCAAACCUGAUGGAAUUGGAAUGAUGCGCGGAGGAAUGGUUCGAGGUGGACGUGGUGGACCAAGAGGUGCCCGAGGUGGACGUGGAGGAUUCCAAGGUGGAUGGCAAGGCGGUUAUGGAACUGGUUUCGGAAGUGGAUAUGGAGCAAGUGGCGGCUACAGUACCGGAUAUGAUGGCUACUCUGGUGGCUAUGAUUACUACGGAGGUGGUGGGUACGGUGGCUACGGAGGCUACGACUACACUGGUUACGGUUCCAUGCCCUUCAAUAAACCUCAUAAAUCGUCUAAUCAUCAUUCCAUGAAAAACCAUCGCUCUCAAGCAAAUGUACAAGGUAGACCGUCACAGAGCAACUACAAUCAAGACAUGCAAGAAUACCAGGAGUAACUUUCAUUUCAUAAUUGGCCUAAGAUCGAUUAGCUAGACGGAUCUGUGUAAAUUCAUAAAAAUUCGAAAAAAAAAACUUUUUUUUUGUCCCUCGCUUAUAAACUCUUUCUUUUCUUUUGUACAGACUGUAAAUGUAAACUUUGCACUGUCAAGUGAAUUUUUUUGAAACUUGUUUUCAAAGGUAUUAAACUUUUUAUGUUUUUUUGAUUAAAAAAUUAUAACCCUCUUUUUCAUUCGAGAUUCGUUUAAAUGUCAUCUCAGCUCUCCUGGUUUUGUACAGACAACAAUGGCAAUUUGAAAACAAGUCAGCUGGCUGGCGUCUACACGUAUAGCAUUGAUCCUAUUUUAACGAUAAGAUAAUUUUAAUUUUGUCUAUACAUCUAACUUAAGAAACUACGAUAGGAUAGCGAAGUAAGUAAGGCAAUGUUACUUUUACAUGAAAAUUAAGUCAAUGCAAAGUCACAGUUGUCCAAUGUUUAUAAAAAAAAGAACUACGCCAUCUUAUCUAGCUCGAAAAAAAAGAGAUUAUUGCUUUCAUAUGAAUAAGAAUAGGAUUAAACUCCUUUAGUGUAUAUAAAUAACCUUUACGAUUUCUCGAAAUAUUGGCCUUUAAUAAUUAAAAAGUAAAAAAAAAACUCGGUGUUUAGUAUUUUGUAAUUGUUUCCGUCGAAAUUUUGCAAAAGUGAGUUAAGGCCUUUAAUUUGUUUUAAUUUCAAUGUCAAUAUUUGAUUCUGAUUUGAAAAAAAGUUGUUUCAACUAGUCUUCCAAUUAGAAAGUUUUAUAAUUAAAGAUUUAAAAAAAAUAAUUGUUAAAACAUUUUCGGGUCUUAACGGUUCUUUUUCCUUUUUUUUUGUUUAAGUUGACACUGAAUAAAUGUAAUGCCCUUUUUCGUAUUAUGCGCAAACUUGGAAAGACUGUUUUUUAUUUUAUGGCUAAACAUGAAAUUUAGACAGUGGAAUGUCUAACUUGAUUCGAGCCUUAGGAAUUUGUAAAUUGUAAAAAUGCAUCGGGUGAAAAUGUCACUGGCAACUAUUUAAAUACAUAAAGUGAUGCAUUGUAAAAA